UCGGUCCCUUAAUCAACGACGGAGAAAACACAGCAUCGUGCUGCUGCAACUGCAAGACACCAAUCUCGGGACAAAGGCGUAGACCAAUUCUCUUGUCCUUCACUCCUUCGCCCUCGCCCUUUGGAAUUGGCAAUUGGGGUUGUGGAGAGAGAAAACUGGUUCUCGCCAUUCACAAAUCAAUUAUGAUAUGUAUAUAUAUUUUGAAUGACACCCCCUCCAUCUCUCCUGUCUUUAACUAUUCAUUCCGCCAUCCUUAACCUUUCCAGCAUCUCCGAUCUCUCUUUUCUCCCUGAUCAUAUCGUCCUUGAACUCUUCCUGCAAACAUUACGGGCUGGAAAACUAAACGAGAGAGUUUUGAGGUUGUUCGUGGCAACCGGAAAUGAUGAAGUUCUUUCACUCAUCGAGGCAUUCAAUAUCCAGCAAAUUGUCACCCCUGUUCUUCCUACCAGGUGUUCAGAAAAAUUCUAGGAUUCAAUGCUAUGGUGUGAUUGCAUUUUAGAUCAUUAAAAUUCAGCCACUUCUUGUAAGGAGACUUAACAAUUUUUUUUAUCUUUUGAAUAUUAUAAUUACAAAUCAUUGUUUCUAUUUUCUGGAGAAGUUUGAAAGAUGUCCCAGCUUAAUAUUAAGGAUAGCGAGGUCGACAUUGUGAUUGGAGC